UAUUAUAUAGCCUAUAUGCGAGUAACACUCCAAAAACGCUCACGGUGCCGGUGCCCAACUCAUAAGCAAAUUGAAUUCCUUUAGAACCUCUGGAAUCUGGAACCUCUCAUACGUCAUACGCAAAGCUCGAAUUGCAGAAGCUCGUUCCAGAUUAAUUUUUCAAGUGUUGUGGCUGGAAAUCAGUAAUGAAUGACCUGUCAUCCCCGGGCCCAGGGCGGCCGCCCCUCUUGCCCUGGCUCAGGGACGGGCCUGAUAAGCAUCACAAUAUUUUGAUGAGGAGUCUUUACUUAGAUGACGAAUAGACCGGAUUUGGAUGAUGAUGAUGAUUUUAGCGAUAUCUAUAAGGCAUACACUGGGCCACUUGGAUCUUCUGCAGUCAAUGUACAAGAGAAACAAAGUGUAAACAAGAAAAGAUCGCAACCGAGUUCGGAUGAGGAAGAGGAACGUGACCCUAAUGCUGUUCCAACGGAUUUUACUAGCCGAGAGGCUAAGGUUUGGGAGGCUAAAUCUAAAGCAACUGAGAGGAACUGGAAGAAAAGGAAGGAGGAAGAAAUGAUUUGUAAAAUAUGUGGAGAAUCAGGUCAUUUCACUCAGGGAUGCCCUUCUACCCUUGGAGGGAGCCGUAACUCCCAGGAUUUCUUUGAAAGGGUGGCUGCAAGAGACAAGCAUGUGAGAGCGCUUUUCACAGAUAAAGUGCUAGAGAAGAUUGAGCAGGAAAAUGGCUGCAAAAUUAAGAUGGAUGAGAAGUUCAUCAUGGUCAGUGGCAAGGAUAGAUUAAUCUUGAGAAAAGGUGUAGAUGCAGUGCAUAAAGUAAUUAAAGAUGAAUGUAAUGAUAGGAGCUCUCCGGAGUCUCAUAUGGGAAGGUCUAGAUCACCUGAGCGCAGUCCUAUUGCUACUCGGUUAUUUCUCUCAGAAUCCCAAAGAUCUAGGUCUCUUGAACGAAGUCCUAUCAACACUCGAUUUUCACGCUCAGAAUCCCAAAGAUCUAACCCUAGCCCUAGAAAUGCAUCACAGUUUCAUCAAAGGUUUGGCAGACAAGAUAGAGGUCUUGAGGACCGUAUACGUGGGGAUUUGCAGAAACCUUCUAGAAAUUCUCCACAAGCUUAUGGUAGUGAUGGAGGACGAGGUCGUUCAAGCCUUUCACGGUCCCCUGCACGUGCCCCUUACAAUGGCAGUUCACAUACCACAUAUGAGGGACCCUAUAGAUCUCAUGGAUGGGGAACUGAGAGACGGGGAUCUGAUGCUCAUACUGAUGGUAAGAUUGAGCAUUCUGCAUUCCCGGCACAGAUGCUUGAGGAUUUGGAGUUGGAAUACAAAAGAGAGGCUAUGGAUCUCACCAGACUUCGUGACCAGCAAGAAGAUGAGGAGAAUUGCAAGCAUCGUGAGGCAAUUAGAGAAUUGAGGGAGAGUUACAUGAAAAGGCUUGCUGGUUUACGAGGCUCUCAUGCUAAACAGUGGGAUGAGUUUCUUCUCUUGGAGACACAAAUGCGUCAACAACAAGUACACCAGCAGCAGAUGUCCACUUCGGGGUUUAGUGGUUAUCAGCCGUCAACUUUUUCUGAUUAUGAUUCAUCUCGCAAUCAACCCUAUGCUGGGUCAAAUUUUCAUGUGGAGCCAAGGAGCCAAUACACAAAUUCUGGUGAAAACUAUCCAAACUCCAGGCCCCGUGAUGCUUACAGCGAUUUUCAGCAUCCGAGGCUAGAUGGUUAUGGAAGAGCAUACAAUCGAUACUAAGUAGUUAUGCUGGAAAAGAUAUUGGUGAGUUUGUCUUUCUCUUCAGAUCAAGUUACUGUAUAUUUUGCCUGUUGGCCUUUCUGUAAAUUCAUAAAGUCUGUGAAGACUUGCCUACAUCUGUUGGUGAAAAUUGGAGCUUUCCUUGUUUGGUGUCUUAGAUUUACCUUAGAAUGAAUCUAGUGCAACUUAUGGUGCUACCUGUAAAAUAUAGUAAUGGUCUCUUUGUAGGAGGAUUAGAGGUGCUGGAGUUUAGUGGAUAAUUAGGCCUUCUUUUUCCCUCUUUUUUUUCUUUUUACUAUGCAAUAGAUUAAAAAUUCAGUUCAAACUUUUCAGGGCUAAGGGCUUGAUGGUUAUAUGCUAUUGGAGCCUGAACCAUAGGUAAGUGUUCUAUAGAUUCUUUUAGGUUGUCGAGGGAUCAGUGAAGAUCUGCGCUGUUGUAUGGUUCCCUCAUGGUUCUGCCUUAUCAGACUAGUUUCUGUUAUUUUCAGUCCUUGUUUUCCCCAUUGGUUUAGCUAUGAUCAACCUGUGACGUUAAACCUUUUUGGGUUUGGUUUUCAUGUCUUUGAAUUGUCGGAUCAAAUUGGAUGAAUGGCUAUAUGUUUUAUCUAUUA